UCCAAAUACAGAGGAGUGCCUUUUAUUGCUUUUCCUUACAACCUAAGCUAACUGAAACAGAAGGAGACAUUUAGUAAGAAGUGCAACUUCUGAGAAGAGAGGACAGCCCCACUUGCAACAGCAGAAUUUAUGUGUUUUUAACAAUGUCUGAAUGGGAGUCCGCAGAGUACGAGCCGUCACUUCCUGUUUCGGAGAAGUCCAACGCUCUAACUCGAGAUAUUGAUCAAGCUUCAGCAGAAAGGAUCGUGAGGAUGCUGCAGCUGUGUGAUGCCCAGAUGUUUCAGGAAGAGACGGGACCGACCUAUCAGAGGAUUCUGAGCUGCCAGAUGGUGAGAACUUUAAUGGAAGUUGCAGAGAGGGUGCAUCUUAUUCUUCAGGACCCUCAGGACAGCCUUGUUGUUCUGAGCGGCUGUGGUACUUCUGGACGACUUGCUUUUUUCAUCACGUCCGGCUUCAACAAAGCGCUGAGGCAGCUGAACCGGAGCGACAUUUAUUCAUACAUCAUCGCAGGAGGAGACAGAGCUCUGUUUUCCUCCCAAGAGGCUCCAGAGGACGACCCCAAACUGGGCAUGCUCAGUCUGAAGAAGGCGUGUGAAGGAAAGAAGAGAGUCCUGUUCUUUGGGAUUUCCUGUGGAUUAUCUGCUCCUUUUGUCGCUGGUCAGUUGAAUUUUUGCCUACAGAAUCUUGAUGUUUUCACCCCUGUUCUUCUAGGCUUUAACCCCGUGCAUCAGGCCAGGGAUGAGCUCAUACCUGGCUGCAACUUCACAUUUCGCAGUGUGGCGGAAAAGAUGCAGGAGCUCGCCAAGGGCCAGAAAGCUUUCCUCAUCAACCCUGCAGUCGGGCCGGAAGCCAUCAGCGGCUCGUCCAGGAUGAAGGGAGGCAGCGGCACCAAGAUCCUCCUGGAGGUGGUUUUAUCUGCUGCUCACGCCGCGACUUUUGCAAACACGCCCAUCACUUACCAUAGUGUUCUGCAGCAUAUAAGUGCUUAUAAACAAACUCUGGACAAAACGUACUCUCGGAGAGUUGAGAUGGCUGCUCUGGUGGAGGCGGCGGGACACAGUUUGGCGUGUGGUGGGCGAGUCAUUUACUUGGGUUGGGGCUCACUUGGUUUGUUGGGCCUCAUUGAUGCCAGCGAGUGCAUUCCCACCUUUGGAGCAGAUCACGAAGACGUUCGAGCUUUCGUCAGCGGAGGAUACCAAGAGCUGAAUAAUGCUGAAGGACCUUUAAGUUCACUUGGUCCUGCUUUUUGCAUAUCACAUGAGGAUUUCCUCCAGCUGGUGCUGCCUGAUCUCAGCAACAAGGACACUGUUCUGCUUGUCUUCACGUGCUCUGAUGAUGUCAAUCAGGUGGCAAAGCUGGCAAGAAGAGUGAGAGUAAAGACGUCCAACCUCCACGCUGUAUAUCACCUGACUGACAGAGACACGGCUGAACAAGCUGACAUCAUUAAACUAUGUUCUUCCACGUUGAACCUCACCUGGCCUGCAGAUCCACCUGCUUCAUGGAGCUCAUUAAACAUGCAGUGGGAGCUGUCCACUAAGCUGCUGCUAAACGCCGUAAGCACUGGAGCUCACGUCUUAAAGGGGAAGAUUUACCAGAACCACAUGAUCGAUCUGCAGGUUUCCAACAGCAAACUCUACUGCAGAGCCACACGUUUGCUCCAGAGGAUGUCUGGCCAGAAAGAGUCAGAGUGUGAGGAGGCUCUUCUGAAGGCCAUCUAUCGGGUCGAUGUGCUUACAGCGGACAUCACAUCCUGUGGCGUCAAAAGCCACGUCCACAUGGCCGCAAGACACAAGAAGGUGGUCCCUUUGGCUUUGGUCUGUUUGCUGACUGGUUGCUCCAUAAAAGAGGCGGAGUCUCAUUUGGAAGAGAAGCCAAUCGUUAGGGAGGCUGUGGCGGUGUACGCAUCAAAAGUCAUCAGCUCCACUCGGCUCAUGAAAUACGGACCUUUUAAAAACAAUUAAAUUACAACCGUAGAAUUUUUGACACAAUGUCAAAAAUCACUAAAUUGGAAUUAUUUUUUUUUUCUAAUUCUAAAACAUUUAAUUUA